AUGAAACCAACCACUUGUUACGAAGUGUUUGGGGAAAACAAGUUGGUGCUGCUGAGCCGAUAUCGUACGGGCGCAUUGCGUGCCUUGUCUAGCACCAAUCUAUUCUCAACGCGAGAUCUGGAGGUCCUACAGGCUUUGACUCUCAUAAUAAUGAUCGAUCCACAGUCCGAAUUCUCAACUACAGCAGUGGCACUGGCCAUGCGCACCGCCCAUAAAAUGGGUUUGCACCGCGCUGCUGAAGACAAUCAUAUGCCUUUCUUCAAACAGGAGAUGCAAGUCCGCUUGUGGUGGUAUAUCCGCGGCCUGAAUUCACGCGUCCGUCGUGGCAUGGGUUUGUUAUCGACAAUCGAUGAUUUGGGCGAUGCUCGCCUCCCGAUGAAUGUCAAUGAUGCAGAUCUGCAUCCGUGUAUGGAGAAGCCGCCUGCUGUUCAGCACACAGCAGCCACAGAAAUGGUCUACUGUUUGAUGAAAUAUGACCUCUGGAGCUUCGUGCGCAGGUCUUCCAACUUUUUCGGCAGCCUGAACCCGAGAGAAAAGGCAGCCCAGCUGGCUACAUCGACCAGUGUUGAGAGCGUGGUGAAGAAGAAAAAGGUUCUGGGAGAGGUAGGUCGUAUGCUUGAAGAGAAAUACCUUGCCCAUCUCGAUCCAAGCAUACCAUUGCAUCAGCUAUCGGCUGCUCUAGCAGGCCUUACAAUUCACAACCAGCAAUUUUCGAUGUUACAUCCGCGGAAUCAACCCCAAAGAGGUAAAUACAUGUCCCAGGCUGAUCAAGACCUCGUCUUCGAAAGCAGCGUCAGGUUGCUGGAAUUGAACCAUGAAGUGCGCAAUACAAGCUUCUCAACUAACCUGGUGGAUCACAUGGUUUGUCGGACACAAAUCGAUGCCUUGGUGUACAUGAUUAGCGAGCUGCGGCGGAGGGCGAGUGGCCAUCUGGUUGAGACCGCAUGGGCCCUACUCGAGGAUGUGUAUAGUCGCCAGUCAAUGGCACUCCCCUUGGAUCAAAAGUUCCAUACCGCACUAACAGAUUUAACUCUACAAGCAUGGGAAACUCGUAAGAAGGAAUUGGGACCCGAAAUAGAGGCACCCAAGUCUAUUCAGACUCUACAAGCAGGAAAGGAGCAGCGAGAAAAUUUGGCUGAGCAAGUGGCGGGCGUGGACGUUCUGCAGACUGGGCUUAUUGGCGAUUGGACGCAAGAUGAGCCUCUCGAUUGGACCUACUGGAAUGACCUGCUUCAGCUAUGA